CCAAGCUACUGUUGGAGCAAAGCAAUAAACUCCCAGUUGUUUAUGAAAAUUUACAACUUUCUGGUAGAACUUUAUGUGUGACUCUGCGAUGGGAUUGGCCAGACGUGGUCACGUGAUCAGCUCCCUGUGAACAUGAACUUUUUAUGAUUUCCCAAGUGGUUAUAAUGCAGCAUUCUUUUGGUCAGGGCGCAGUCAGUAACAGCUCUGUCUUCGUGUUUACGUCCCCCCCCCCCUUCUUACUAUUAGGCUAUAUAUUAGAAAUUGUAAUUUAAUUUAGUGAAUUGCGUUUAAAGAUGGCUGGAGCUUACCAAGACUGUGCCAGUAGCCGCUCGAUUCCUUCAGGGAAGUCAGGGAAGAGUGAAUGGAUCAAAACGCACAAAACGAAUAUAUGUUUGAUCUGUCGUGUAUUUGGUGUAUUUGGCUAUCCAACCUUCUUCUCGAUUACACGCGGAUUAGAAGACUCGAAGAAAAAAAAACUGAUUAAUUUGGAAAGCACUGCUGCGAGCCGAUGAUAAACGACAAAGGAAACAACAAAUGUGUGCCUGAAAAACAGGUGUGAGAGUGUUUGCACCGAAUACAAAUUUUUGUCAUCACGAGUCCCCCCUCUGAUAAAAAGGAUAAAAGCGAAAAAUGUUGCAGCGCAGGUACUAUAUCUCUCUGAGGUUCUCCUCAAGGUUUCCGGCGGAUGAGUUGGUUGGUCUCCCACCAAGAAGCCUCUGUAACGAAUCUGUCACGUGACGCAAGUUUAGCCAGAAGCUCUACACAAUGCAGAACAAGACGGACAACAUCAACACCUCAUUAUUGGGCAGUGAAUCGUUUAAGAGUGACGACACAUUUGGAUACAGUGAUACGACACAAGUUUCACUCUCUGUGGCACUGCGGGAAAACGACCAAGAGAUGAAUGCUUGCUCAUUGCCGAAGGCUGCCAUGGAUGACUAUCGGCACUGCACUACAAGUGAACUUUAUCGAAACUAUACAGAAUCACCCCUCCUAUCCCCUACAGGAGAACCUCAGAGCUCCUCAAUCAGGGACCUUACUAUUGACGGCAAGCUGGUCUUCCCCUGGAUGACAGAGUCUAUAAAAAAAAUCAAGCAGAAAAAUCCCAGCUCCUGCGAUGCAUCCAUCGGUGGCCAGCAAGUAAACUACGGCAAGCAGAGCCGAUCUCACCUGGACUACAGCCAUCAGGCCAUUCUCAAUCAGGGAGAACAGCACAUGUAUUUGCCGUCCCCUGGCUUUUCUGUGCUAAACAUCGGAAACAACGGUGGGACAGCGUCCGAGUCUAGUUGCAGGCCAGGAGAAAUCCCUGUCAGUCAAUAUCCAUCAUAUCCCUACGGAGAGAAAGAGCAGCAACACCAUUACGGCACAUACAGCAAAUAUUCCGGCCUAAUCCAUAAUGACAGUGAUUCAAAGAACAGUCCCAACCAAGCACAAACCUUCGAUUGGAUGAAAGUUAAAAGGAACCCGCCUAAGACAGUUAAGGUCACUGAAUACGGAAGCCAUGGACAACAAAGUAUUAUUCGCACAAAUUUCACUACGAAGCAGCUCACCGAGCUGGAAAAGGAGUUCCACUUUAACAAAUACCUCACAAGGGCGCGGAGAGUCGAGGUGGCCGCUACACUCGAACUGAACGAGACACAGGUUAAAAUCUGGUUUCAGAAUCGCAGAAUGAAACAGAAGAAACGCGAGAGAGAAGGAACUGUACCGGCCAUGAAACGAGCAACAGACUGCGCUACUGGACAAAACACAAACAGCUCCACCACCCCAUCUCCAGCUGCAUCUCCGAUCUCAGACUCUUCGAGUGGCAACUGAGGACAUAUAAUGGCACACACACUGCAUAUUACAGUUCUAAAUAAUAAGCCAUAUUGUACACCACUGUGUCCUCCUAUUCAGCGUGGCCUGUGGUGUGAAAUUAGAAAAUGUUAUUAGAAAGUUUUAUACCUGCAUUGCAAAAGAACUUGCCUGUUUCAACCUUCUGUUGCUGAGGGCAUCUCCCUAACUUAUUUUUCUGUUACAGACCGAAUGUAAAAAACAAAUCCGUGUUUCGUCAAUUUUUGUCUCUGUAAGAUAUUCUUGCUCGGUGAUGGUGCAUGUUACUGCUAUGUAAAUGGCCAAAAACUACGUUUAUUUUAUGUACUACAUUUAACUCCUAUGUGUAACAGUCGCAAUUGGGUGCAAUACAUUUAACUUUGAUUUGUAACAGUCGCAACUCAUUGCAACACAACGUGGCUAAUUUGAAUGAUCAGUUUUAUAAUUUGCACUAGAAAUGUACUUUUGGACAGAAACGUCGUGUGUUCGCAUGUAUAGGAGCACAGUAUUCGUCUGACAUAUGAAGUAGUAAAAACUGAAUAAAAGUGUUUUAUUUUUCUGAAAUUCGUGUGUCUAGUAGUCAAGUGACAACGCACACUGAUUUUGUGUGUUUUUUAUAUUUAGAAGCUAUGAGGGCUAUUAUGCUCUAAUAAAAGAUAGUGUCUUUUGUUAAGGGACAUAACAAUACAAUGGGGCUAAUUUAAAUCAAGGCUACCCCAGUAUGUAUAGUUUGACAAGAGGAAUGUUGCAGUACACCCCGGGUGGCUUCCUAUGACCUUUUCACCUCACUGUGCCUGCAGGACUUCUAAAUAUGUAAACACUCCUGCUUGCUCACUGAUAUAACCCUGAAUAGUCUUCCAGUUUUACUCAUAUUUGCCACUGCACCAUGCUAUGGGAUCAAUGUUUCCAAUUUUCACAUUUUCACAUUUUCCUUUCAUUUUGCAACAUUUCAAGAUUUAUCAGCUCCACAUGUACUCUGCGUGUAGAACUUUUAGCUUUAUAAAGGCUAAUAAUAACAAUCAGUUUAGGUUUUGACAUCACUGCAUCACGAUUUAAGCAAUAUUCAUAUUUUAAACAUUUCAAACCAACGUUGAAUAGUCCAGUAAAGAUGCACUCUAUACAGGAUAGUUUUGUACACAAUAAAAAACCCACAAUAUUUGACUUCAUAAUUUUUUUUAACAGAAACAAAUUGUUUGAGCACAGUGGUCAUUCUAAAGCAAUGUUCUUUACUUAAAAAUGACUUUGUAGAUAAAAUAAUGGCAGCAUAAUUGCCAGGUACUCACAGUAGUU